UAUUCUCCCAGCUAAACUCUUCUGUAGCUUCCGAGUCGCAAACUCAAUAGCCUGCACAUAUUCACAUUGAAAGAAAAUAUGGUCACCUGACUCAGGCAACUGCUGACACAACGGGUAAGUGACACAAACCUCUGAGUUCCAACGGAAAAUCUUAUCCAGAGUGGUGAUCUUCCCUAGUAAAAUCAGCCAAGUGAUGACUGAGUUCCGUGGAAUUCCUCCUUUCCAAACCAGUUUGUACCACACCACAGGAGAACCUCGAGGUCUAAUACUCUGCCAGAUUUUGCUGGUCUGGAACCGAGGCAUCAGAUCUCCCUCCCAUUCUACUCCCCUAUCUGUUUUGCAUAACUCCCCCACAAAGCUAUCUCGCAACUUGAGAAUCUUAUUCCAUACCCACGACCCUUUUGUUUUAACCUCCCAAAUGCUCAGAUUACGGAGCCUAUAUUCCUUUACUCAACCAAUCCAUAGUGUUUCCUUAUCAGAAAGUAGCCCCCAAAGAUGCAUGGCCAAGCAGGCUUUGUGCCAGGAAUGCAAAUCCUUAAACCCCAUACCCCCUUCUACACGAGGCAAAACAACUAUCUUCCACUGAACCUUAGCCUUCUUCUUCUUCUCAAAGUCACUCCAAAGGAACUGGGAACAUAGUUUUUCAAUUUUUGUUAUAACUUUCUUUGGCAGCAAUAUGACGUUCAUCCAGUACUGGGUCAUACUAGCCAAGACUGAUACAACUAGCUCUAACUUUCCCGCCUAAGUUAAGAGUUUUGGCUGCCAACCAAGAAUCCUCCCUGCAAUUUAACUAUUCAAUAAGUAAAGCAAUGUACUUGGCAAUUUGAUGCUUUUAAGAGAAUAGGAAAAUUUUGGUGUAUUCAACUUUUUGUGAAGAGAAAGAAGAGGAAAAUUUGGUUUUUUGAAUUUUUUAGAAAAGAAAAAGGGAGAAUUUUCUUGGUUUUGAUUUGUGGGAAGUUAAUAAGUGGGAAAAUUUGGUUCUUUUGAUUAUGAAAGAAAAAUAAGGAGGGAAAAUUUGAGUUUUCAACUUUUUGUGAAAGGAAGAAAGGAAGAGGGAAAUUUGGUUAUUCAAACGGAAGAGAAAGAGUAGGGAAUUUGGUUAUUUCAAUUUUAUGGAAGAAAAAAGAGGAGGAAAAAUUGAGUGUUUCGAAGGAGAAAGAAGGAGUGGAAUUUUAGUAUUUUAAUUUUUUUGUGAAAAAAGAAGAAAACAAAUUCGGUGUUUACAACAAUCAUUUAUUUUAGAAAAUUUACUUAAUUUCUCUACUUGUUUUUUAUACCUCUACAUUUAUUGCAAUUUCAACACUAUAUGCUCGUUAUUUUACAACACUUAGCAAAUUUUCGCUCAUUUAAGUUGUGUUCAAGUUGAACCAUGUUAAGUCUUACGAUUGCAAUAACUCAGUCGGGUUGCGAGUUUGAAAAUUUUGGUUAAUCAGGUUGCAGGUCACUUUGGAAUGGAAAAUGAGAGGGAGGUUUGGUUGGGAAUUUUGGAAUGGAAAAUUUAUGGACGGGUGAAUAUGAGCCAGCAAUUAUACUAAACUUGAUAAGUAAUUUUUGAUGGUUCGUUGUAUAGUGUAUAAAGUAUAUGGUUAGGGUAUAAUGUAUAAGGUACAUAUGGUUUAGACGGUUCUAAAUUUUUUAUUAACAUAUGUUCACUUGAAGUCAUUUAAAAAUUUUAACGACAGGAGAUUUCUUUUUAAUUUAUGUUUAUGGUACGUGGCUAGGGUACAUGGUAUAUGGUGUAGAGUACAGGAUAUAUGGUUAGGGUAUAGCAAAUAUCACUUUUUAUCUAUGUUUCGAAAAUCAAAGUAUGAAUUUCACUUUAAAUUAAUUAUACUAGCAAAAUCACAACUCAUAGGGAUAUAUGGUUAGGGUAUAGGGUAUGUUGUUAGUGUAUAAUAUAUUGAUGGUUUAGGGUAUACGAUCAAUAAUAUAUAUUAGCUUAAUAUUGUCAAUUGAGAGUAAGACUAAGUUAUAGGAUAUAUGUUAUUGAGUAAGUUAUGAUUGAAGUCACAACAAUUUUAGUAAAUUUGAUAGUUAAUCUUUAAUGGUUCAAUUUUUAAAUUAAUUCGAAUAAUUUUACAAAUAACUCGUUUGGCAUUAGUUUACUAAAGUUAUUAGGGCAAUGAGUCAUUUCGAAAUAACUCCUUUUACCACUAUGCUUUUGCCAAAUACCACACACCAAAUACUAGAUUUGCCUGGUUAUACUAAACAAAAUGGUUUAGUUCAAUUACUACUGAAAUAAUAUUAAAAUACCAAAUAAAUAAUUAAUGUCGUCUUUUGGUAGCAAAUGUUGAUAUAAGCAUUACUAUUAGCUAGUGUACUUUACCAAUUACGAUUAAUUACAUAACAAGUUUGCAAGCCAUAUAAAUUUGACUAGUUUUUUUAAAAUUAAGUAUAUAUACUAUGUAUAAAAAAAAUGGUUAAAAAUUGAGAAAAUAUUUUAAGUUAGUGUAAUAAAAUGUGUAAGUUAGUAACGAGUAAUGAGUAAGUUACUCGGUGCACUGACCCGAACAACGCGUAAUCCGACUAACCCACAACCCGUUUGAACCCGAAUCCGAAAAACUCGAACUCGAUCUCGAUCAACCAGCAACCUGAUGAAUGCGCAACCCGUUGGAACCCGAACCCACCCGAUUGACACGUAUAUGUAGUUGACCGUUAGGCGUUAACUCAACUCUCCGUCUCCAAAGUCCAACCCGCCAAAAAACACACUUGCCGUUUCUUUUUAUUUUUCGAAUUUCUUUAAUUUAAAUCUCCCCCACUUAGAGUAAUCUAUUAUUUUGAUCUGCAAUUAUUAUUGUGGUUUUGGCCCAAGUAAAGUAAGUAAUUAAGCUGCUCCAUCGUUAAGCUCAGCAGCCAGCAGGCGAAUCUUUAAAUUCCCAUGCCUUGUCGACCCUUUCGACAAUGUCGCUCUUGUAAACUCCGUUCUUUCAACCUUGAAAGGCCUCCAUAGUCCCUUCUUCGGACUUUUCGAUCGCAACUCUCCCACCGCAUAGAAAAUUCCGUCCCGUUCUUGGAUUCCUAAUUAACCUUUAUAGUUCUUGAUCCAAACCAACAUCGCGUCUUUUUUAUUUGCCCCAGCGAAACACAAUGGCGGCGGCUAGCGAGUCUGUGCUUCUCAGAUUUGGAAAUGAAGUCGCAAAGCAGCCCACCCUUUUUUCUGGUCCGAUGAAGAGUCGGUUCUUGGGUGUUCCAGUUACCAGCGGCGCUAUUUCUUGGGCUGGACGGAAGCGACAAGUGGAUUCUAGGUUGAGGUUAGCUGGAGUUCGGGCAGUGGCGGAGGCAGCUAGAGUUCAGAGCUUGAGUGGGCAGGAGCCGAAUUUCGGGAUGGCAAUUGACACAGUGGCGGAGGAGGUGCUGAGGGGAGAAGGGUUUUCAGGGAUGUGGAAGACGAAGCUGGUGUGCACGAUAGGGCCAGCAUGUUGCUCGUUGCUGGAAUUGGAGCGAUUGGCGGCGGGUGGGAUGAAUGUGGCACGCCUGAAUAUGUGCCAUAACAGCAGAGACUGGCAUCGGGAUGUGAUUGCCAAGAUCAAGAAGUUGAACGAACAAAAGGGGUUUUCUGUCUCGGUGAUGAUUGACACUGAAGGGAGCCAGAUUCAUGUUGUGGAUCAUGGAGCUCCUUCCUCUCUCAAAGCUGAGGAAGGCUCAGUUUGGGUAUUUACGAGCCAGAAGUUUGAAGGCUCCCGUCCCUUUACAGUCAGAGCAAAUUUUGAAGGGUUCUCUCAAGGAAUUAUGGUUGGUGAUGAACUUGUUAUUGAUGGUGGAAUGGCAAGCUUUGUGGUUGUUGAGAAAAUGGGAGAUGACCUACGCUGCAAGUGCACAGAUCCAGGUCUCCUCUUGCCUCGCGCCAAAAUGAGCUUCUGGAGAAAUGGCAAGCUUUCCUACCACGGCCUGCCAACUUUGUCUAAAAAGGACUGGGAAGACAUUGAUUUUGGAGUCUCUGAAGGUAUAGAUUUCAUUGCGGUGUCAUUUGUUAGUGAUGCCGAUUCUAUCAAGCAACUAAAGAACUAUCUCUCUACCAGCUCAUCCAAAUCGGUGAAAGUGUUGGCAAAGGUCGAGACCCUGGAAUCUCUUCAAAAUUUGGAAGAAAUCGUAGAGGCAUCAGAUGGAAUCAUGGUGGCUCGUGGAGACCUAGGGGUUGAGGUUCCAAUUGAACAGAUUCCGACAGUCCAGGAAGAGAUAACUCGCAUAUGUAGGCAGCUAAACAAACCAGUCAUUAUAGCUUCUCAACUUUUGGAAUCAAUGAUCGAAUAUCCAACCCCGACACGAGCCGAGGUUGCUGACGUUACCGAAGUAGUGAGACAGUAUGCGGAUGCACUGAUGUUAUCUGGUGAAUCCGCCAUUGGCUCAAAUGGUCAAAAGGCAGUGUCUGUCUUAAAGAUGGUGAGUAGCCGGAUGGAGCUGUGGACCCGUGAGGAACAUCAACAAGCUUCUGCUCUCUAUUCCUAUAAAAAACUUGGAGCUUCAUUGGCAGACCGAAUUGCGGAAGCAAUAUGCAACUCUGCUGUUGAAAUGGCUAAUAACCUUGGGGUGGAUGCCAUAUUUGUGUACACAAAGCACGGAGAGAUGGCAUCACUGCUGUCUCGGAACCGACCAAAUCCUCCAAUAUUUGCAUUCACCAACGACCGCAGUGUCAGGAUGGGCUUGAAUUUGCAGUGGGGGGUCAUCCCAGUUCUUGUUGAUAAUUUAUCAGAAGACAUGGAAGCCAACGUCUUGAAAACCACUCAACUACUGAAAACAAAGGGGAUGGUGAAACGAGGAUGUUCCGUUCUUGUAGUCUCUGAUAUAUUUUCUACCUCUGCAAAUCCCAAUGCCUUCCAGUCCAUCAAGAUGAUGACCAUUUCUUAAUGAAGUUGCAGUUUAUGGUUUGGUGGAAUAGCUUUGACUGGCAGCAGGAAGAGAGAUGCUGCCUGCUGGUGUUGUUGUGAAACUGCUUUCCUUUCCUUUUAGGAUUUCUUAUGUCUUGUUGUAACUAAAAUUGUUGGAAUUAUUUUGAAAAUUGCUUAGCUGCAUCCAUAUUGAUAUUGCAUUUUCAAUUGCGAGAUACGAGAUGAUAUGGAGAUGUGAGAUUAAUGACUUUGAUUGCACAAAUUAUUUAGGUGACAAUAAGAACAUCUUAUAAAAUUUUAAUUAUGCA